AUGGUUAAAAAAGCUAUUGAUUCUCGUAUUCCAAGUUUGAUUCGAAAUGGUGUCCAAACUAAACAAAGAUCAUUCUUUGUGAUUGUAGGUGAUCGGGCUCGUAACCAGCUACCAAAUUUACAUUAUUUAAUGAUGAGCGCCAAUCUAAAGAUGAAUAAGUCAGUAUUGUGGGCCUACAAGAAAAAACUAUUGGGCUUUACAUCCCAUAGAAAGAAGAGAGAAGCAAAGAUUAAAAAAGAAAUUAAAAGAGGCACGAGGGAAGCUAACACACAGGAUCCUUUCGAAUCUUUUAUUUCUAACCAAAAUAUUAGAUAUGUGUAUUACAAAGAGACAGAAAAGGUUUUGGGGAAUACUUAUGGUAUGUGUAUUUUGCAAGAUUUUGAAGCACUCACACCAAAUUUACUAGCAAGAACUAUAGAAACAGUCGAAGGUGGUGGUAUUGUUGUUAUUCUUUUGAAGUCAAUGUCUUCAUUAAAACAAUUAUACACCAUGACUAUGGAUAUACACUCUCGUUACCGUACUGAAGCUCAUAAUGAUGUCGUUGCUAGAUUCAAUGAAAGAUUUAUCUUGUCUUUAGGUUCAAAUCCAAAUUGUUUGGUUGUAGAUGACGAAUUAAAUGUCUUACCAAUAUCAGGUGGUAAAAAUGUCAAGGCUUUACCACCUCCUGACGAAGAUACUAUUAGUCCGAAAGAACAAGAAUUAAAAGAUUUAAAUAGUUCAUUAGAAGAUGUACAACCUGCAGGCUCACUAGUUUCUUUAGCUAAAACUGUAAAUCAAGCACAUGCAAUUCUUCAAUUUAUUGAUUCAAUUUCCGAAAAGACUUUAAAUAGUACUGUUGCAUUAACUGCUGGUAGAGGUAGAGGUAAAUCUGCUGCAUUAGGUAUUUCAAUUGCUGCUGCUAUAUCUCACGGUUAUUCUAAUAUAUUUGUUACUUCUCCUUCUCCAGAAAACUUGAAAACUUUAUUUGAAUUUAUUUUCAAGGGUUUUGAUGCUCUAGGUUAUCAAGAACAUAUCGAUUAUGAUAUUAUCCAGUCUACCAAUCCUGAUUUCAAUAAAGCUAUCGUAAGAGUUGAUAUUAAAAGAGAUCAUAGACAAACUAUUCAGUACAUUGUUCCUCAAGAUUCCCAAGUAUUGGGCCAAGCAGAAUUAGUUGUUAUUGAUGAAGCUGCUGCAAUUCCACUACCCAUUGUUAAAAAACUCUUAGGCCCAUAUUUAGUUUUUAUGGCAUCUACCAUAAAUGGUUACGAAGGUACAGGAAGAUCUUUAUCUUUGAAAUUAAUCCAACAAUUACGUAACCAAAAUAACUCAUCUGGUAGAGAAGAAUCACAAACAACUGUUGUCUCGAGAGAUAAUAAGGAAGCUGGUACUGGUAUGUAUGAUACUGGUCGACAAUUGCGUGAAAUUUCAUUGGAUGAACCAAUUAGAUAUGCUCCUGAUGAUCCUGUUGAAAAAUGGCUAAAUAAAUUGCUAUGUUUGGAUGUUACUUUAAUAAAGAAUCCAAGAUUUGCAGCUAGGGGUACUCCACACCCAUCUCAAUGUAAUUUAUUCAUUGUUAAUAGGGAUACGUUAUUUUCCUACCAUCCUGUUUCCGAAUCGUUUUUAGAAAAAAUGAUGGCAUUAUAUGUCGCAUCUCAUUACAAGAACUCUCCUAAUGAUUUGCAAUUAAUGAGUGAUGCACCAGCCCAUCAGCUUUUCGUGUUAUUACCACCAAUUGAUCCAAAGGAUGGUGGUAGAAUUCCAGACCCAUUAUGUGUCAUUCAAAUUGCACUUGAGGGUGAGAUUUCGAAAGAAAGUGUAAGGAAUUCAUUAUCUCGUGGUCAGAGAGCUGGUGGUGAUUUAAUCCCAUGGCUUGUCUCUCAACAAUUUCAAGAUGAAGAAUUUGCCGGAUUAAGUGGUGCUCGUGUUGUCAGAAUUGCUACUAAUCCAGAAUAUGCUUCAAUGGGAUAUGGUUCUCGUGCUAUCGAACUAUUAAGAGACUACUUUGAGGGUAAAUUUACUGAUAUGUCUGAAGAAACUAAACCAAAAGAUUUUUCAUUGCAGAGAAUCGAUGAUAAAACAUUAGAUAAAACGAACUUAUUAAAGGAUGAUAUUAAACUGAGAGAUGCUAAAACACUUCCACCUUUAUUGUUAAAGUUGUCUGAGCAACCACCAAACUUCUUACAUUAUUUGGGUGUUUCUUUUGGUUUAACCCAGCCACUACACAAAUUUUGGAGAAACAACAAAUUUGUACCUGUUUAUUUACGUCAAACUGCAAAUGAUUUAACUGGUGAACAUACAUGCGUUAUGUUAAACGUCUUAGAAGGCAGAGAAAAUAAAUGGCUCAUCGAAUUUUCUAAUGAUUUUCACAAACGAUUAUUACAACUACUUUCAUAUGAUUUCAAGAAAUUUACAUCUAUUCAAGCAUUGAGUGUUAUUGAAAGUAGUAAAAAAUUAGAAGACGAAUCUAACAAGCCCAAAGAAUUAACUAGAUCCCAAUUGGAUGAUAUAUUUUCACCAUUUGAUAUGAAAAGAUUAGAUUCUUAUGCCAACAAUUUAUUAGAUUAUCACGUAAUCGUUGAUCUGCUACCUGCUUUAUCGUUGAUUUAUUUCAGUGAUAAAAUGGGUAAUUCGGUUAAAUUAUCUAGCGUUCAAAGUGCCAUUUUAUUGGCUAUUGGGUUACAACGUAAAAAUAUAGAUGAUAUUGCCAAAGAAUUGAAUUUACCAGUGAAUCAAACAAUUGCAAUGUUUGCAAAAACAAUGAGAAAAUUUUCAACGUACCUCCGUAGUGUCUUGAGUAAAUCUUACGAAGCAGCAAUGCCUAUUUUAAAAGAUGAGAAAGUUGCUGAAAUGGAUGGUGAUGAACAAAAAAUAUAUAAUGCGACUGAAACUAUGAAUAAGAUAGAAGAUGAGUUAGAGGAUGCGGGCACAGAAGCAAUUAAAGCUAUGAGAGAAAAGCAAAAGGAAUUAAUCAAUUCUUUAAAAUUAGAUAAAUAUGCUAUUAAAGGUGAUGAUGAAGAAUGGAAUGACUCAUCUAAAAGUCUGGAUAAAGCUGCUAAGCAAAACGGCGGUGUUGUCAGUGUCAAAACAGGUACUAAGAGAUCCACUAAAAAUUCAGAAGAUAUUUACAAUCAAGAAAUGAAUGCCGUGAAGAAACCUAAAAAAUCUAGAUCUAAAUCUAAAUCUAAAAAAUAG